AUGGCUGAUAUCUGUUACAUGUAAUGGUUUGGAUCCUAUUUGGAUUGCGAAAUGUACAAUAGUAACUAACUAUUUCAAUUCAGAAGAGGGAUGAUUGUGCUUUAUAGAAAUACUAUUUAUAGUUAAUAGAUUGAACAACAUUUUGGCAAAGAGUUGAGAUGA